GGUGUAUAUAUACAGGAUGGGAAACUGUAGUAUUUACACACACUGCACCUGCAAUCCUUCCCUACCUGGAGUGAAGAUCUUAUCAUGGAGAAAAUUCUGAAGUCAGUGUUUGUUCUCCUGGUGGCUACCUCCUUCACUCUAGCCAAGGACGAGAAAGCUACAGCCAAACCGCAAACCCUCUCUAGAGGGUGGGGUGAUAGCCUUGACUGGGUGCAGACAUACGAAGAGGCCUUAUAUAAAGCCAAGUCCGGAAAUAAACCAUUGAUGGUUAUCAAUCACAGAGAGGACUGCCCCCAUUCUCAAGCUCUGAAGAAAGCAUUCGCUGAACAUAAGGGCAUUCAGAAACUAGCAGAACUUUUCGUGCUCCUUAAUGUCAUUUAUGAUCCUACAGACAAGAAUCUGUUACUCGAUGGCCAGUAUGUUCCAAAGGUCGUAUUUAUUGAUCCUUCCCUUGUUGUAAGAGCAGAUCUCCCUGGCAAAUAUUCAAACCAUCGCUACACUUAUGAGCCAACCGAUAUUGAUCUAUUAUAUGAAAACAUGAAGAAAGCUCUGAAACUCCUCAAGACAGAAUUGUAGAAGGGAUUUGUUUUUAUUUUCUAGCGUAACUAAAUACUAAUAUUGUCAAUCUGUGUGGUCUUAAAUUAACAUUACUCCAAAUGUACGGUCUAUGACGAGAAAUUAUUUUAUAUUUUCCACUUGCAAUGGAGACACGAAAACAUCUGUGCUCUUUUUUUUUUAAUAAAUAAAUAUGAUAGUGGUUAUUUAU